GCAUGUUUAUAUGAGUUUAACCACAUGUAUAUGUAGACAUGUGUUUGUUUACAAAUGAAUCCAUAUAGUGCAAAGACAUUAAUAGUGUUAAUUACAAUAUAUAUUUGAUGGUGCAUGUAAUGGAUUAUAUAAGUCAAAGGAGAUCAGGAUUUCUGUUGAAGAAAGAAACACACUAUUAAUCCAUUAGCUCCGUCAUGGCACCACGAUUUCAGUUAAAGAAAGAAACUGACUGUUUAUACAUUAACUCCAUUAUGGCACCACAGACUCUGGCAGGACUCCAGGGGUCACUGGUUCGAAACCUGCUCCGGGCAAUGUUCUUUUCCUUUUCUAAAUUUUAUUCUUGAUUUUUUACUGGUGCUUUUACGAUCCAAUGAUUAUAUUUAUCAAUAUAAAGCAUUUAAUGAAUAAGUUAAAAAAUGCCAAAAUCUGUGAAAAGGCCCCUUUAAACAACACUUGGUAAAUUUAUUCCAAUCAACUAAUACAAUAAAAAAUAAGUCUAUACAUAGAAUAUAUAUUUCACAUCUGACGAUAUUUUGGUGAUAGUAUAUAAGAUCUGAAGACAGUUCAGGUGAUGGGGUCCGUUUUUCAAAUGGUAACCAUACUGCCGUUGCCAAGGAAAUAUUAGUAAUCGACGCGUAGCUACCAUAGAUCUUCGAGGAAGCAAGGAUACCUGCAAGUGUAGGGAAGGAAGGACCAAAAUGCCUGUGGCCGAGCUUAAUCUUGCGGUGAAUAUCUCCGUAGGAGAUGGGUACCUCCAGGACAAAGGACAGAAGCAGCUCAUGUUUAUCUUCUGGGGCAUCAUAAUGCCUAUCAUCGGCGUCAUAGGCUUCAUCGGCAAUAUCCUCAACAUAAUUGUCCUAUUUAGAAUGGAAAUGAAGUCCACAACAAUUUACUUUUUACGAACUCUUGUUGUUACCGACACCGGAAUUAUUAUUGGAUGUAUCAUGGGGUUAUCCUCAGUUUCCAUAACUCAACUCUAUCCCGAAAAUCCCGGCAUGGUUCACUUUACUGACGUCAUUUACCCGCAUAUUUACACGCCAGUCAAUUACAUUGUGAUGACGCUGCAAUUUAUCAACGUCUGGGUAACGGUGGCAGUUGCCAUUGAACGCUAUAUUUCCAUAUGCCAUCCGUUCACUACUGUGCACAUCUGCAACAAGAGAAAUGCUUUCAUUCUGAUCGGAAGUAUUAUUUUUAUUGCUGUUGGAUAUAACAUACCGCGAUGGUUUGCAAUCACGGUCACAGCAUGCGAUAAUAAAACUAACUGUUUUUCAAUUGUCUCUACAGAUUUGGGUAAAACUGAGGGCUAUGAACAGUACUAUGCUGUGUAUGCCUACAUGGUUAUUAUUUACAUUAUACCUUUGGUACUUCUAGGUAUCUUGAACACGUUGUUAAUCAAGGAGUUAAUGCGCAUGCGCCGAAGAAGAUCGGUACCAACUCCGAAUGAGAACAGUGAAACAAAUAUGAGCAUUGUGCUGGUUUUGAUCGUCGUUGUCUUCAUUUUGUGCCAAACGCCAGGUCUUGUUGCCCAAUUUUGGUUUCUUGGUGAAGACGUGUUGACCAAGUGGCUAUGUGUUAGUAACACUCUGUUUGCUUUGAACGCGUCAGUUAAUUUCCUCAUUUACACUGCGGUUGGCCGCAAAUUCAGACACGUACUUUUCAAAACGUUUAAACACGUUUGUAGUCAAAGACGGUCAUUAAAUCAGAAUGGAUCGUACUCUCACAACGGAGGAACAGAAAUGACAAAGUUGACAAACAUGCAGGUGUACGAUUCAGAAGACAUGACUGAUGAAACAUGUACGUUGAAAUGCAAGCGAUAAUCAAGUGAUAUGUUAGAAAGGCAAUCGAGCGAUGAAACGACAUUCAGAGCCACAUCGUGGGCCAGCGUUGAUGCAAGAUUUUAUGAACAGUUGCAUAAAAAAUAGAGUAAUGAACACUUUGAAACUGGUAGAUAGUGAAAUCAGAAUGUCUUAAAUGUAAGUGUGUCCUGUGUCGCAAAGCUAUUGGUCAUGCCAUAGACAGUUUUGUACUAUAGGGUAGAACACAUGUCUUGAAAUUUUGACUUUUCAUAAAGUUUUUUUGUCAAUUAUAUUUCCAGCUUUGUCUUAGUGACGCGUUUUAGGUGAGGAACUAUUCUUAUUUUGGCAUUGAACAUUGCAUUUUUACAUAUAUAAGGAUAUGUAUGCAAAGAAGCUUUGUUAUAAAAACGACUUUGUCUUUCGAAACAAAUUCAAUCUGAUUUUCCAAUACUAGUAACCUUGGCCAAUAAACAUCGAUAAGAUUGGUCUCAACAAACAGCAAUACUUAAAUUUCUGAUCGGCAUAUCAUACACAAAAACUUUUUGGUAAUUAUUUUUCUUUCUUCAAUUGAUCAUAAAUGGUUGGUCAAGAUAACCAUAUUCUGUGAAACACGUUGUUUCAAAUUACUGUAGUUUUAUUGUCAUAACAUCAGUAACUUAUAAGGCGUGUCUUUUUUGAAUGUUUUUGUGUUGCUUACAUGCAGGCCGUGUAUGCAUUUGUGAUAUUCAGGCUUUUGACCUUCUAUGGGAAUAUUAAUUAUACGAUGCAGUGAAUAAACUGCUCUACUCAACAAAGUAUGUGCAAAUUACAGAUUGUAAUGUUUCUUUAUUUCAAGACCCUUUUUGUUGGUAUUUUGGCAAAAAAAUUUUGAGUAAUGCUAUUUUUGAAAUAUGACCAAAGCUUUUAUAAAUGUUUUAGAAAUUUAAUAUAUGUUUUUCUUUCAUAAGUUGCGUUUCUUUUUUCAAAGCCAUUAAUCAAUGCUUGAUUUACUGAAAAAAUACAAUUGUAUGUACAGUACGCACAAAUGGAGCUGCUUUGAUUUUUGUUUAUCUUCAAUCUCUCUUUUUUUCGUCAGUGCAGCCAUUACGCACUUUUUUAUUGACUAAGAUAAACGAUCUUAAACAUGUAUAAUAAUUAAUAUAAGUAUAUCUAAUUAACUGUAUAGAACGUUAAUCAAUAAUUAUAUGCUUGUCAACAGCAUCGGUUGCUGAUACAGUUAUUGCAUCGUGUGCUUAAAGUACUAUGUCACGUUUUAUUACAAACAGACAAGUACUUUACAUCGGUCACCGGAUAAUACUAAGAGUGCAAAAUUAAAUUUAAAUAUUUAAUUCUUAUUUCGAAUUCUUUAUUUUCGCUUUGUCUUGCUCUACAUAUUUGCCAUGUGAUAAGAAAGCUAAGUGCUUGUUUUAGUUAUAUAUGAACACCUACACAAUGCAAAACCAUCUAUUUGUUAAUUCCAAAUUAUUUUGACAAUCAGCUUGCUCCAUAUUUAAAUUAAACAUGUAACAUGAUUGUCAUCAAGUCGACAACAUUAAAUCAUCGGGGUUAACGUAAAUAUUCGUGAUUAUGUAAUUUCAUUUUCAUACACUUGAAUUUAUCGGGAUGGCUACCUCAUUUGGUAGAGCGCUAGACUAUAAAUCCGAGGAUUGCGGGUACGAUCCACAGCCGGGUUACAUUGCGGGUCCGAUCCACAGCCGGGCUACAUAACUUGUGAGGCAAUCGGUCAUGGAAUCCUUUCUACGCCCCUUUUUUUCCUGCCUCUAAUCCAAGUUGGGCGGUUGUCUGUUAUUGACUUGUAUGUCUUCUUAGUACUGGUAAACCAGCUGGGCAAAUUAACUCACAGGGCCAUUGUAUAUUUAUUAAUUCUUGACACAUAUAUACACAUGUCCUUUUUUCCAUUGUAAUAUGCAUUAUGUUUAUGACUGUUUUGUUUCCAUAACAUGGACCAAUUUAUUUAGCUCAAUCCUAUGCUUGUAUACAUCAUUUGUGAUAUUUAAAUUCUCAAAAAUGUUGCGUAUUGUGUAAUUGUUAUGUUUAGAAAUUGUCUCAUGUGGUCGCUUUUGUCAAAGUGUCCAAUAUCCUUUCCCAUAACGUUUAUUAUUUUAUGUACACCGUCGUAAUGUUUCAAUACAUGUCCAUAUAAAUAAUGGAUCGUUUUGAUUAUAUAAACAAUUAAUAUGUAUGCGUGUUUUUUUUCAGAUGAAAGAAAAUAUGUGACUAGUAAUUUCACAACUUUAAUGACAUUUUGUGCGUACCAGAUAAGAAUAUGAUAAUGUUUACAUUUACUCAAUCUAGCGACGAAGUCAGUUUGCAUGAUAAAUAAGCUAAUAUUUGCCCGGGAUUUUAUAAUAAUACGUCUGUUAGGGACACGUGUAAAUAUCAUGAUUGUCUCAUACUAGUUAGUCCAUACAUAUUCGUUUUAGGAGCAGUGUUUUAAAAGAAUUGAUCUUUUUAUGGCAUUGACCAUGUGAUAAAGGUUAGCAGUUAAAACAUAUUUGCACAACUUAACACAAUAUUUAAAGCAACAUUAGAAUUCGCAUCGGAAUAAUCUUUUGAAAUUUGAUAUACAUUUUGUAUCAAUUUUGAAGCGCUUCUUGUUCAAUGGAAUGUGACAUUGUCUCCUGUUUUGUUACUUAACUGUCAACUGUGAUUUGUUAGACUAUUUUGCAUUUACAUAUUUAUUAUUAUACGUAUGCCAGGAAAGCAGCAAUAAAUAAUAAAUCUUAAA